AUGAAAAUUUUAAAAAGGAAAAAUGAAAACAUAAAAAAAAAAAAAAGAGAUUUAUAUUAUAAAAAAACUUCAAAAUUUGUAAGAUUUUUAUACAAAUUUAUAAAAUGGUAUAGAAUGGAAGCAGAGGUUGGCCCAAUACGGGCAUAUAAAUAUUCAUCAGUAAUAUUAUUUUUAAUAUUUUUAUUUAUAUUUAAUAUGAUAAUUGGUAUUAUAGUAUUGUUAUUAAGUAAUCAAUAUAUAGAAUGCAGAAUUCCAUAUGAAUAUAAAGGACAAUCAUAUACAAAAUAUUCAAUUGUUAGAGUAACACCAGAACACUGUAAAGGGAUAGGAAAUUUGAAAGAACUUAAAGGAAAAUUAAAUGUUCAUUAUGAAUUACAAGGUUUACAACAAAAUCAUUACCGAUUUGUAAGUAGCUUUAAAAAAGAACAAUUAAGUGGGCAAAUAUUUUUAAAAAAAGAAGAUGUUAGUGAAUGUCAUCCUUUUAUUACAUUUUCAGAAGGUGGAGUUAACAAAAUACUACAUCCUUGCGGUAUAUUUCCGUGGAAUGUUUUUAGUGAUAGUUAUAUUUUUUAUGAUAGAGAACCAGAUGAAUUCCCAUUUCCUACACCUAUACCAAUACAACAAAAGGUGGAAGAUAUUACAAUAAAAUAUUAUAGAAAAUUUUUUAAAAAUCCUUCUGCAGAACUUAUUAAUUCUCAUAAAGAUCAUGUAUAUUUUUGGAUGGAUGAAAAACUACAAUCUAAAUCUUUACAAGAAAAUAAAGAAACUAAUGAAAAAUUAGUCAUAUUACCUCAAACCUUAAAAUAUGAUCAAGCUGGUAAAGCUAUAGAAAAUAGUCAUUUUAUAAAUUGGAUGAUUCCAUCAGCACUUAAUUAUAUUAAACGUUUAUAUGCUAAGAUUGAUGGACCCUUAGUUUUUCCUUUCUAUAUUUAUAUUGAAAAUAGAUUAAAAAUUAGUGAUACUAAAAUAGUUGUUAUUUCUAAUUCAACCAUUUAUCCUGGAAUCACUUUGAUCGGAUUCAUUUUUAUUGUUGUAUCUCUUUUUGCUUUUAUUUUAUCUAUUCUAUACAUAAUAAGAAUGAGAAAAUAUCAAUUUACAUAG